AUGCAGCGGGAUGACGAGUUCAUGUCGCAGUUGCUGAUUGAAGCACGCAGCAGGCGCGGGGGACAUGAGGGCAAGAUCAGUGUAACAGCUGUUGUCACGUCGCAGAUUCUACUUGACGUGCUCGAUAUCUGUGGCAUCCCACCUCAGUACAACCGGCAAUUGAUGUACGCCCACGGCCACUCCACCAAAUCGUUCGACUUCACCAUCGUCAAUGGUGACAGACUCAAGACUGGCGGACUGAACUGGCCCAACUCUGGUGUCGAAAAACUGUCUGACAUGUACAUGCUCAUGAAAAAGAUCGAAGUCCCCAGUGUGCAGUUGAUGAAAAGCCUCCUGCUGUCAGUGCGGCAGACUCCCAAGAUGUACACGUGGGCGAACGCUCCACCAGAACUCAGGGCCAGGUGA